UCACAUGCAUAAAGCAUAAAAAAAGAUCAAUAUUCACUAUAUAAUUUAAAUUACUUGAUUCAGCGUAUUACAAAACAAGAAAACUGAUAGCAGCUGUACAACUCAAAAAAAAAGCAUGGAAUUUACUGGUCAUAGUCCAACAAGUUGUUAUUUAACCUCUGUCCGACGACCAGAGAAUGUUUCAAAACUACCGUGUACAGCGACAUUGCUACCAAAAUUACCACAAACACCGCCGUAUGCCUGUCCAUCACCAUAUCCACAUAAACGUGUUCUGUCAACAGUUGGUUUUCGACCAGCCACCUAUUAUUCAACGACUAGAUCGAAUCCAAAUUAUCCACUGUUGCAUUCACUCACCGCUAGCGCUGAUCCUUCGACAACAGAUCUUAGUGAAAUUUGUGGUAUACGUGUACCUUCGGUGUAUUCAGCUGCACAUAAUGCCUUGUAUACACGAUAUACACCAAAAGAUUGGUAUGCUGGUUACCAACAUCUUCUGCAAGCGAAUGAUAGAGGUCAAAGAGAUUCAGAGUGUUUACGACAUGAUACCAUCCGAUUGAUUGAUGAUACUGAUGAAAGGACUAAAAUGAAUCAGAAUGAAUCAAGUCGAGUGCUUGGUGAUCGUAUAUCAGAUAUUGUAUUCUGGGAGAAUGAAUUAACUGAUGAAAUCGAUAAAGUUGUUAAAGAGAAUAAUGAUUUAAUUCGGGCGAAACGAAUUACUGAGAAGUUGCUGGCUGAAACGGAGAAUCAACUACACAUAGCACAAGAAUGCUUGUAUCAACGUGAGAAACGACAAGGAACUGAUUUAGUACAUGAUAAUGUUGAAAAAGCUCUUUUAGAAGAAGUGCAAGCAGUUCAAGAUGCUCAAGCAAGACUGCGCUCAUUCAUUGAUCGUGCAAAUGUUCAAAUUGAGUUAAAUCGUGCAGCACAGCAUGAUUUAGAGGCAGACUUGAAGAAUAAAUUCACUGCUCAACAAAUUGAUGAAACAGCAGUUGGAAUGAAGAAUAGUUCCGCUGGUAUACAUUAUUAUGAAGGCAUCGAAGACAUUAAUCAAUGCCUAUCAGUUCCAGAGACAUGGAAAGCACACGUACAAGAUAUUCUUAAUCGAAGUCGUGCUGAAAGAGCUGCAAGUCGAAAAUUACGUGAAGAUAUUGGUGAUGGAUUAGCACGUGUUAGUCAAAAUCUCUCUGAUCACUGGAAUGAUGUCAAUGAAGCUCUAGCUCAACGAAUACGUGAAGUAUCUGAUGCAAGAAAUAAACUACAGUCGAGUUUAGGUCAUACAUUACAAGAAAUUAUGGAUACAGAACGUGAGAUUGAAUCAAUUAAAAAUGCUAUUCGUGACAAAGAAGCUUAUCUUAAAACAGCGACAAGUAGAUUGAAUAUUCGAUUACAAAGACCAGGUAUGGAUCAUGUAUGUGAUGCAGCACAAACACAAUUAAAAUGUGAAGUUGCUCAACUCAAAGAUACUAUCAAAUUAUUAAAACAACAGUUAUGUCGAGCUGAAGAUAUACUACAAGAAUUAUUACGUUUGAAAAGUGCUAAAGAAGCAGAAUUAGCUAUUAAAAAUAAUAGUAUAUUUAUUGAUCGUGAGAAAUGCUUAAGUUUACGCUCGAAUUGGCCUGGUGGUCCAACAGUCAGUGCAUCGCAUGCAGCACCAUGUCCUGGUUUCAUUGAUUCACAACAAGUCGGUGUUGGCGGUGAUAUGGCUAGAACAUGUGUUUGUUGA